UACCCAGACAUCUCUCUGUGAGCUUUGCCUGCAUCCACGAUCGUCUCUACUCACCUACUGCAACCACACCAUCCUUUCAUGGAGGAGAUGGACUUACGUGGCCCGUUAGAAUCCUCCGUGUUAGAACCUUCAUUUUUUGUCGACUUACACGAGCCCCAAGCCCCCAGUCAUCAACAUUUCCCGCCUACAGUCCCAGAAGACGCCUUGCACACCAUCACGAUCCCUGAGCGAUUCAAGCAAUGGCUGUUCGACGUGGCUCACAGCCAUGCCGAUGGCGCAUUGCCCCCAGACAUCGCCUACGUGGCACAGCUUAUCUGCGGUCCAUUGAGUAUGCUCAGCGUCAGCUCGAAUGCGAUGCCAUGCGGUGCACACAUACCGCAACCAUAUGGGACCCUGACGUCUCCCACGGUGGCAGGGCCGUCUGACUUCCAUGUUCCCGCUGGUCAGGAUGCUCCACAUGCCGAGAGCCGUCCUAGUGACCUCGGAGACGUGGCUUCAUAUGGCGGAUACCCGACACCUCGGUCAGUCGAAGACGAGAUCGGAAGUGAGGGCGGUGAGACGGUGGGAUGCGAGUGGGCUGAUUGUCGAGCGCUGCUCUCUUCGUCAACAGAGAAACGCGUGAGGGAUCAUCUACGAGAGGUCCACUUUGGGCACAGGUGGGAUUCCGAGAGGAAGGAGCGCUGUCGAUGGAAUGGCUGUGAGAAGGUGAUGCUCGCGCGGAGCCUGCCAAAACAUAUUCGCACGGUUCAUCUCAAGGUGAUGGAAGUGAGCUGCUCCGUCCCUGGGUGCAAUAGCACCUUCACGAGGGGCGAUGCCAAGAAACGCCAUGUUGACCAGGUCCACCACGGAAUUGUGCCAGUCGUCGAACAAGUUUGGCCCCUCGAGAACAAGUGAUAACCCACGGAUGCUCUGUUCACGUCGCGUGUACCCCAAAAUCAUUGCCGCGCUAGCUAUAGGCAGGACAUCACCGAUAGUUUGGAUCAAGCGUUUCUUCGAAUGACAUGUAAUCUCACUUACUCUUCCGUGGGCGCGUGAGGUCAGCCCUAGACCUUAAAAUCGUUCUAAGGCGAGAAGACGCGGAUAGCACAGCACGUCGCAUC